AUGGAGCAAAGAGACCAGAAUAAACACUGUGCAUUCCACAGUGAUUUCGGCCACUUGACCAAUGAUUGUAGGAACUUGAGAAGACAGGUGGAAGCGUUAAUAGCCAAGGGCGAGUUAACUGAAUACUUGAUUACCCCAGGGCAGCAAAGGCAACAAGAUCGAGCCCGGGCAAUUCCAAAAGCCGUGGUAGAGAGCCAUCCUGUUCGGGUAAUUAACACAAUUCAUGGCCGUCUGGAAGAAGACGAACAAUCGGGAAAUUCCUACAGUAUCCAGCUCAAACAAGCCCAUAAGCUGCGAAGGAUUGGGGAAAUCAAUACCGUCGACUGCAAACCCAAUCUAGCACAGGGUUUUUUUUUUCAUAAAGGGGAUCUCAGAAGGGUGCAACACCUGCACGAAAACCCAUUAGUAGUAAGUCUACUAGUGGCCAAUUAUCUGGUUAGACUAGUACUGAUUGACCCAGGCAAUAGCGCUAAUAUCAUGACAAAGUGGACGUUCGAUCAAUUAAAAUUAGCUGCAGACCAGAUUCGUCCCACAAAAAGUCCUUUGGUAGGAUUCGAUGGAAGAAGAGUGGAGCCCACAAGUUUGAUCACGCUAUCAAUCACUGCUGCUAAAAGAUCUCUGAAAGAGAACUUCGUGAUUGUGGAUAUUCACCUGACCUACAAUUUAUUAAUGGGUUGA